GUAUUAAAAAACAAAGAAAAAAAAGUAAUCGAUUUCCACUCUCCCAAUUCUUCUCGAGAAAAAAAAAAUCCAUUCCCCACUCUUUGGGAGGCGUAUGGAAGGCUACGAUUAAAUUAGAUGCCACAUGAUCAGAAUCUGAAUGUCAAUAGUGGCCCAAUCUUAAAUCCCCAUUCUUUGCAAGUCGGUGUUUGUAAUGAAAAAUGGAAUGAAGGGGGAAAUUCAGUUGAACCCUCGAACGACUGUUCCGAUUUCUCUAUUUGUUGUUCUUUCAUAAUUUUCCCGAGAAAUUUUAGCAGUUGACCCGAAUCAUCUCCAGAGGGAGUAUCCGUACACUCAUGGCUUCAGAUUAUGCGUUGAAGGUUCCUGCUGAACUUGAAUCAGCUUUGCGGUUGAAGACUGUUCAGUAUUUCAUUACAAAAAGGCCGUGGCUUGAUCUCUAUGGGGUUAAUGUUAGACCUGUUGCGCCAUUUGGAAGUUCGAGUCGGCAGCCAUUUAUUGAUCCAGCAUUAAUACAUCGCUCCUUGCCAGAUGAGUUAUUGUUUGAGGUCUUUGCCAGAAUGACUCCUUAUGACCUGGGACGGGCAUCGUGUGUCUGCCGAAAAUGGAGAUAUACUAUUCGUAAUCCUGUAUUCUGGCGUAGUGCUUGUUUGAAGGCUUGGCAGCUAUCUAGUGUGGUUGAAAACUACAAGUUUUUGCAGUCUAUGUAUGAUGGAUCCUGGAGAAAAAUGUGGCUUUUGCGGCCAAGGAUCCGCACUGAUGGUCUUUAUGUUAGCAGGAAUACUUAUAUACGUGCUGGGAUUGCAGAGUGGAAGAUUACCAAUCCAGUUCACCUGGUGUGCUAUUUCCGUUACAUCAGAUUUUUUCCUUCUGGGCGCUUUCUCUACAAGAAUUCUUCACAGAAGAUUAAGGAUGUGGCCAAGUGCAUGAAUUUUCGUGCAUCAAAAGCCGACUGUAUUUUUGGUGGACACUAUACCUUGUCAGAUGAUAAGGUUGAAGCAGCUGUUUUGUACCCAGGUGCACGUCCUACUGUGCUCAGAAUCCGCAUGAGGUUAAGAGGAACAUCAACGGGGGCUAACAACCGAAUGGAUCUACUGACCCUUGUUACCAGCGGUAUGAAUAACAAUGAGGUCGGUGAUCCUGAAGAUGAUAUCCUUGGCAUUGUGGAAAGGUGGCGAGACGAUGAAACACACAACCCGGACGUGCCUGCAGUUUCUCAUAAGCGGGGCAUGACACCUUUUAUUUUUGUUCCUUUUGAUCAGGUGGAAACAUCAGAACUAAACUUGCCUAUAGAUAAGAUGGACUAUUUUGUACCCGGUUGAUGCACCAAGAUUAAUGUAUCUUUCUGUAUAUAUUCUUCAGUCCGGCCUCUUGAGUUUUUUUUUCUUCGUCACUUUAUGUGCUGCUUGAUGCCUGUGUAUAAAUAACGUAGCAUGUGAAUUUGUCCGAAGACGUCAAUUUCUUCUGUGUUUCCACUUGUUCUUAUUGUAUCAUCCCAGUAUUGUAUGAUUGUAUUGCAAAAAGUUCCAAAGUGAUGCUUAUUUAUAAAUUUUGAUGCAACCUGGGAAAUUGAAGAAUGUGAAGUUAGAAUGUUUGA